GUAAAACAAACGAUUUUCCAUGAAACGAACUCGUUGGAAAAAAUCAAAGACGAACGUUACCGAGCAGUCUUGACGCGCAACAAGAUGCGCCAAACUUUGAUAUGUACCUCUGAUCAUCGUCUGCGAUGUACGAAAUAAGUGAUCAUCGUGUGACCAUUAACGUAUGGACGAAUCCAAGAUUUCCUUUUCUACCUCAUCGAAUGUAGCGACGCAGAAUGAAAGCGUGUUUCCCAUCGCUCGACAUUUUAAUAACGGGACAAAACGUAUCGUUGCUACGCCCUGUGUACACCGAACAUCGAUGUAGACAUAUAGUUAAAAAACUGCGUUUGCGCUUCCUAAAAGGCAAAUCUUUAUUUUUGGCGAUUGGCAAUUGCGAAAUUAAACCGGAUUCGUGCGAUUCGACUUUCAUCGGUGUCCUUGACGCGCCUCCGCUCGCGGUCUCGUCCUUAUUCUCUCCCAAAGUUCUCUCCACCUCCAGACACACCGUCGAAAUGUCAAUUUGAAAAAUAAGAUACACGCUGCGGCAGAUCGCACGGAAAAUGAUCAAAGAUGCGUCGCGAUACUCGUCGAAGAUUCUCUCGGGCAACGAUAUCGUUUCCUCGUUUUCUUCUCUUUUUCGUAUCAGCUUAGGAAGAGAGGAAGAUCUGGAUCUGUUACGAGUAACGGGUACUGGUCGACCGUAUUUAAGCGAUCCUGCCGUAAGCAAGCAGAGCUGGCUGUGUGUCAAUAAACGUCGCGUGGGUUUUAAAAAGAAAUCAAAGUAGAAUCCACGCUUGUUUCUUCGGAUCGGUCUGUCCGUGUUCGAAAGCGUUAGACGAAAGUGCGACAAGACGAUUUCGAUCGGAAAGAUGCAUAUCCCAACUGUGAUAUUCGCCGGUAUCGUGAUGCUAUUAUCGCACGUUGCUACCGCAUCGAGCGAGCAAAGCGCCAUGGCAGAUAGCCAACUGAAAGGGGCCAAACUGGCAUUAUCACCCACUUCAUCGUUGCAAACAGAAACGUAUCAAGACAGCGUCAAUUAUUACAAUUUCCCAAUCGACGAUACGUACAGACCGCUUCAGAACAAAAAGUGUCCGCUAUGUGACAGCUCGGUCUAUCCCUACUGCGGAGAAAAAUUGUUGCACGACGCGUGUUGUUGCACCAAUCCCUAUACCCACGACUUACCCUAUCAAUGUAAAUUAGCAGAUUGCCGAUUUUUGCAUGCAAACAGUUGCAGGGAACAUCGAUUAAUCGCAACCUGUUGCUGCAGCGAUGACUAUCGGUUUUUGUUGAAAAGUUUCCCGAACGCCUAACAAGUGUUAACUGCCAAGCAAAUUUUGCGAAAUCUGCCUAUUUAUCUUCGUCAUUUUAUAUCAUAACAUGGUGCAAUAAAAAAGAAAAAUAUUGUUAACAAGCGAAAUUAUCAUAAACUAUUAAGUCACGCGACGUCUAAAAUUGUUAAAAAUUCAUUGCGAUGUUCAUAUCUGGAAAUACCUAAAAGAAAUUAAUCCAUCUUAAUUAAUUUUUACUUUCCUAUGCAAAAACGAACGCGAAGUCCGUUGCCCCUUUGAUAUCACUGAACCACGUGGCUAUCCCUAUUUUGUCAUCGAUCGGUAAAGUCACCACUGUAUUAUAUCAGUAUGUUUCGCAGCAUUCGAGAUCUGUAACAACUGUAUCACUCGUGCAUACCUUGUUAUUGAAUAUAAGCUUUCGAAUACAAGUUCUUAUUAAUACCUAAA